AUGAAGGCUUCACUAAAAUUCAGAGAAGAGCAAAAACCCCUUUUCAAAGCAAAAAUACCCCUCAACAUUUUAGGAUUACCCUUUCAAUCAUCUCUUUCAGCUGGAGAUUCGAAGGAGCUUUCAUUAGGUUUAGGAACCUCCUUCGAUUCCGGCCCAUCGUUUCGCCUCUCGUAUCGUCCAAACGAUGCGUUUAACCCUUUCUCUCUCCUCGUUAAAACUGGAAUUGGGCAUUUUGGGUCUCCAAUUGAAGCUCCAAUGACUAUGACUGCCGAAUUCAAUUUCCUCGCUAAUUCGUCAUCUUCAAACCCUAGAUUUUUCCUCCAUUUUAAGCCUCAUUUUGGGGAUUUCUCGAUCAAAAAAUCGCAUACUUCUUCUUCGUUGUCGUUAUCUCCGUUCAAUUCGAUCAACCGAAACGACGCCGUUUUUGAGGCGGAGGAUAAUUCACUGGAGAUGGUUGAGAAGCCGAUUGUAGAUGCGGAUACAGGGGAUUAUUUCUCGGUGAAAAAUCCAAAUUCAGGGAGUAAAAUUACGACAUUACCCUUGAAAUCAUCGGUUGAGAGGGCCGUUGAUGGGAUGGAGUUAAGGGCAAAAACGGUACUCCCAAUCAGAAACGGCGCCGUAUUGAAGCUCCGGUGGGGGGUAAAGAUACCCGAGGGAUUCAAAUCUCUGAUGAAGAAUCCAACGGCUAAGAUGUCGCCACGUGGGAUCCCGCAAUUGGUGCUGAAUAAGAUUGGGAUUGAACACGUGGCAAAGGAGGAUAAGAAGGUGGGCCUGGGCUCGUAUAGUGGUGCUGAGCUGGCGGAGACAUGCUUUACUGUGAAACGGCAGCUUGAAACGCUGCGUUCUGAGAAUGCGGUGUUAGGGAAGGCGUUGGAUGAUUUGAAGGUUGAGUUUGGGAAUAAAGGGUUUAAGGUUAAGGAAGGAGGAGAGAGAAAAUUAAGUGAGAUUAAGGAAGUUGAUGUUAGCGUUGGAAAUUAG